AUGCCACCUUGCAACACUUGUGUACGUUCAGCUAGAGGAUAUGGCCAAAUGAGCCUGGUGAAGAGGCAACCUGGCUCCAACGUCCGUUUAAUCGUCGAUACACCUGGCUAUGUGGCCGAAGUUCCUCAGAAGGCACUCCACGCCCAUCUACCAAAGCUUUUCCACGACGCCAGACAGGCCGGGAACCGGGUAGUCAGGCCUCUCGAUUACUUCACGCAGACAUUUCAAAAUAUCAAGGACGAGAAUCUCCACUCCGACGCGUUGAACUGGGUGUUCACUCGAAUAGAGCGAUACACGAACUACCCGCAUCAAACCUUCCCCUUCAAUGCUCCCGAUCCGGACAACACAUUUCAGAUUCUAUUUCAAUACACCGAAGAAGCAUAUAAUUCCGAUGAUCCAGCCCUAUCACUCCUAAUCGAAAAUGCCAUGGAACAGUUCACAGCAGUCAGCAAUGUCCUUAGGAAGGAUCGCGGUCUCAGUCACAGUCGGCAGCUCCUACGCGAGUAUAUUGAAACCGCUCGGUACUUCCUCCCCUAUGUCGCCGAUCAGGGCCCAAUGUAUACCUUUGACCUCCUGGAAGCUGUUUAUAAUGCCAGCACGCAUAAUAUGGGGGCGAUGCAACGGCUGGUUCAAUCACUGGGAUUGCAGGAGCGGGAUGAGCUGGCACGGGUUACUUUUUCGGAGGCACAGAAUGGCGAUAUCAUGGCGCUCCGAUUAUUGCCGUUACUUUGA